AUGGAAAACAAAGCUCACAUUGCUGUAGUUUCAAUUCCAGCUUUCAGCCAUCAAGUUUCCAUACUAUCACUAUGCAAACGCCUCCUUCAACUUCAUCCAAACCUCCAUAUCACCUUCAUACUUCCAGUUCUUAACUCUCUUUCAAAUGCCUCCAAAUCCCUCAUUGAUUCUCUUCCUUCUUUCAACAUUCACACCGUUCUUCUUCCUCCUGUCACCUUCCCACAAGGCUCCAAUAUUCAUCCUGCUCUUCAAGUUCCUCUAGCUAUGUCUCAGUCUGUUUCAUCCAUUCGCCAUGCUUUGAACUCGCUCAACUCAACCAGUAAUAAUAAGCUCGUUGCUUUGAUCGCUGAUUACUUAGCCUAUGAGACGUUAGGAUUAGCCAAAUCACUUAAUAUAUUGUCCUACAUAUAUUUCCCCUCAUCAGCCACGGUUCUUUCUCUGUGUUUGCAUUCCUCGUGGCUUCACCAAACAGUUUCAUGCGAAUACACACAGCUUCUAGAACCCAUCAAGAUCCCAGGUUGUAUACCAAUUCAUGGUCGAGAUCUCCCAACUUCACUUCAAGAUCGAUCUAGCCAAGUUUAUGAGCAUUUCCUUCGGCGAUCCAAGGGGUUAUAUCUUGCCAGUGGCAUCUUGGUGAAUAGCUUCAAAGAAUUAGAAGAAGGAGCAAUAACAGCCUUGCAAGAACAAAGGAAAAACUAUGUAAGCGAAUCAACAGCAUCCAACUAUGUAAGCGAAUCAACAUCAUCCAUAGCUAAUAAAUUCCCUUCUGUAUAUCCCAUAGGACCUAUUGUCCAAGCCGAUUGGGUGAGCAGCAAUCAUGUGAAUCACGAUGAUUCAGAGUGUUUAAGGUGGUUGGAUAAACAAGAACCUAAGUCUGUAUUGUAUGUUUCUUUUGGAAGUGGUGGGACAUUGUCUCAAAACCAAAUGAAUGAGCUAGCACUAGGAUUGGAGCUGAGUGGUCAAAAAUUUCUGUGGGUUGUAAGAGAACCAAAUGACUUACCAAGUGCUAAUUAUUUCACUGGAUCAUCAAAACAUGACAACACUUUGCGAUUCUUACCAAAUGGCUUUAUGGAGAGGAUGAAAGGGAAAGGCUUGGCGGUUCCAUGUUGGGUACCCCAAGUUGAGAUUCUUAGACACAAAGCCACAGGUGGCUUUUUAACUCAUUGUGGUUGGAACUCAACACUUGAGGCUGUCGUCCAUGGCUUGCCGAUCAUAGCUUGGCCACUGUUUGCUGAGCAGAGAACAAUCGCUUUGAUGCUUAGCGAUGGCUUGAAUGUGGCAGUGAGGCCAAAGGUUAAUGAGAACGGAAUAGCGGAAAGGGAAGAGAUUGCGAUGGUGAUAAAGAGAGUGAUGAUUGGUGACGAAGGAACAAGAAUUCGUGCAACAAUGGAAGUUCUGCAACAUGCUUCUUCUGAUGCACUGAAACAAGAUGGAAGUUCUAGCAUGAUCCUGUCACAAUUGGCAAUGGAAUGGAAAAAUAUAGGAGCGUGA